CCUACAUCUAUUCCUAGGCUUGCUUCCUGGGCCUGAAUAUAAACAUAAAUCAGAAAGCCUUAGAAUCCUUGACCUCGGAGUAACAACGGAGACCCCAGUAUACGUCACACUUCCAAUAUGUCUCAAUCAUUGCGUCCAUAUCUCCAAUGCGUCCGAGCCUCUCUCACCUCCGCGCUUGCAGUUUCGAACUUCGCUUCCCAGACGUCCGAGAGACAUAAUGUACCUGAAAUUGAGGCCCAAAGCUCCCCUGAACUCCUUCUCAACCCACUUACCGUCUCUCGCAACGAAAAUGAGAAAGUCCUCAUCGAACCUAGUGUGAACAGUGUCCGUGUCAGCAUUAGGAUUAAACAAGCGGACGAGAUUGAACAUAUUUUGGUCCACAAGUUCACCCGGUUUUUGACGCAGCGGGCCGAAUCUUUCUUCAUCUUGCGACGGAAGCCAGUAAAGGGUUAUGAUAUCUCGUUUCUAAUAACGAACCGAAACGUAGAAGAGAUGCUCAAGCACAAGCUAGUUGAUUUCAUUAUCCAAUUUAUGGAGGAAGUCGAUAAAGAGAUUUCCGAGAUGAAGCUCUUCUUGAAUGCCCGUGCGCGAUUCGUCGCUGAGUCUUUCUUGACACCUUUUGACUAAAUUCUUGCUCAUAAUGUUCAUUUUAUGGUUCGUGAUAUAUCCAUGACCUCCAAUUUUAUCCAAUAGCGAGUAUUGUACAGGCGAU